AAAGUCCUAUGUAAGAGGGGCUUUUUCGAGUUAUAUUGUAAGUGCAUUUCAAUGAGUUGGCAUCAGCCUGGUCUUGAUGUUAGUGCGGCUCCUUUACACCAACUUACACCUCAUGGUCUGUUAUCAAAUGAAUAUCUUUCUGGAUUUGAUCAGAGUUCUGGUGGUAUGGAUUCGGAAAACACACUCUUGACGGAGCAGCGUGCACAGUUGACAGGGAGAGAACUUCAACAGCUUCUUAGUGUUGCUCACCAAAGUUUAGAUGAAGCUCAGGAAAGAAAACAGUCAUUAAAUAGUCAUAGAUUAAAGCCUGCUCUAUACAGUGUGUUCUGUGAAAUCAAGGAGAAAACAGCUCUAAGUUUGAGAAACUCAGCUGUUUCUGCUGUAGAAGAUGAAGCUAAUUCACCAGAUCCGCAGCUUUUACGCUUGGAUAAAAUGUUAGUUGCUGAAGGUGUAACUGGACCUGGUGGUAGUCUGAAUAAUGAUCUAAGUGAUGGUCCUGGAGAUUUGGGUGGGGGACCCGGUGAUUGUAAUCAAAUUGAACAUGCUGAUUAUCGCGCCAAAUUGUCUCAGAUUCGCCAGAUAUAUCAUGCAGAAUUGGAGAAAUAUAAAAAUGCGUGUGAUGAAUUCACAGGACAUGUUAUAAAUUUAUUACGUGAACAAAGUCGUAGUCGACCUAUAAGCCCAGCAGAAAUUGAACUUAUGGUUGGUAUAAUUCGGAGGAAGUUUCGAGCAAUUGAAACACAAUUGAAACAAAGUACUUGUGAAGCAGUUAUGAUAUUGCGAUCUCGAUUUUUGGACGCUAGGUAAGUUUACGGAUGGAUAAUAGGACCUGAUGUGUUUUUAAUCAAUAUCUAAAAAAUUAAUUGUGAGCAUUCCUAACUUUUAUUAUUUCGAAGGAAAAUCCUGGUAGGUGUGGCUUAUGCUCCUCCAUAAGGGGUAACAGGCGUACAUAAGUUUUAUUAGAUGCGCUCCAUAGUUUCCUGUAAAUAAGGUUUUAUUGUACUAGAAACUUAAAAUACUAAACAUCAAUAGUUAAACUGUUUGGCUAGUAUAAUGAGAAGAUGGGACUCAUUAGAUUGUAUGAAUUAAAAUAGUGAAAGAGUGGUUUGUUUAUAAAUUUAUGAUUUUUUGAUACCUUUGUCAGUUAGUCUUAGCAUCUGGUGUUCGUCAUAAAGCAAUUUUGAUUGAUAUAAAUAAAUAAUAUAUUUGUAAUAUCCCAAUGAGUAGGAAAAUUAGAUUUUCUGACGUUUCGUGACUCAAUGUAAGCCACUUCUUUUUUUGAUUGAUGUUUCGCUCUUCAGAAGAAUUGGUUUUCGAUAGAUGGUUUUCAAAUUAGACCAUUUAUUUCCAUUUCCUUGUGUCAAAAGUUACGUAAUGAAGUAUUUGAUUAGACGUUUCUGUGCCUAGUUGUGCUCUUUUAAAUGUUUCUAGAUUGCAGAGCGAUAGUAUUUUCUUUAUUGUUUAAUCAAUGACUAUAUUACAGUGGUGUGACUAAAAAAACUCAUUAUUCUGUUGAAUAUUCUUCCCUUUUAGACGUAAGCGUCGAAAUUUCAGUAAAGAAGCUACUGAAGUACUGAAUGAGUAUUUCUACUCUCAUUUGGCUAAUCCAUAUCCUUCAGAAGAAGCAAAAGAGGAAUUAGCCAAAAAAUGUGGAAUAACUGUUUCACAAGUCAGUUUCCUCAGAAUUCAAAGUUUGAAGAUAAUAUUUUUCCGAAACUUAGUGAAUUAAUAAAGAUUUUGCUAACCAGUAUCGAUGACGUUUAGAUUUGUUAUAAUUAUGACGUUUCAAUCCACUUGAUUAUCACAAAGUGAUAAAAACUAUUUGCUUGCAUUCUUAAUGACUCGAAUUUUUGUAUUACUAUAUUCAUUCAUUCAACCUUAAUUCUUAUCAGUAAUCUUUAGAAUGUCAGUUGAUAUAAUAGAUUUUGUAAAGUCAUUCCUACAUAUCCGAAAUCUUUUCUGAAAUAACAUUAUUAGGGAAAACCCGCAGUUCAUGCUUCUGAACUAUGGCUCGGUGGUUGGGAAAGCAACUGAAUUUCACCCAAUAGGUCCCAAGUUCGAACCUCGUUUAAUCCAUUUCGGUUUAGACGGUCAUCUAGUAUCACUAACCUUCACACAAACAGUUUAUUUCAAAGCAUUAAUUUGUACAUACUAAUACAUCUACACUUCAAACAUUAUUCACAUUUUUCAUUGGACGUCAUCUUUCAAGAUAGAAAGUAAAGUCAGUUUUCAUUGUAUUUAAAUAACGUGUAUCGUCUGGUUUUGUUUCGUAAACGUAAGGUUAUAUUGUCAGCACAAACCUGUGACUUUGACCUCUAAAACAAGAGUGUACAUUUUGCUUGGGGCAUACACAUUUCUUUUCGAUAAAUUCUUCUCAGGUUCUACAGUUAUAUAUCCAAAUUAAUAUUCCGAAAAAAUGGCCAGGUUAAGAGCAAAGUAAUUUGGAUAUGUAAUUGUAGAACCUGAAGAGAAUUUAUGAAAAAGAAUGUUCUUCUUUCAAAUAUUAGUCUUUUAAUAUGAUGUGGAUCUUUAAACUACUAAAAUAAUAGUUAUGUUAGGGUAUGAUAAGUUUCGCAUUUUUCAAAUUAACACAAACAAUUUAUGAAUUAUAGCCUUCGUUAAUCACAUCUUGGUAAAUAAUCACCGUCAAUUCUAAAAAAUAAAUUUGAACAAGUUAUUUAGAAUUUUGAUCUAUCGGUUAAAGUCGUAUUCGCACAAAGUUACACUAGUGCUGGUUAACCUGUGACACAUCAUUUUAUUUAUAUUAUUGGUAGCAUCAUCAGAACUCUAAAAUUAUCAGUUGUUAGUUCCGUUUACUUUCGCUGUUCCGAGUUGAUUAAUAUGAUAUAUCAUACUUGAAUUUCCCCAUUUCCAUCGUCAUUUUGAUGAUAAUUGUAUCAAAGACUGAUCGGGUAUAAAAAUCCGCUUGUUAAAAUAACAGUUAUGAAUCCAAUUAACCAUUGGAUUGUUUACCAUUUCACAGGUCUCUAAUUGGUUUGGAAACAAACGUAUUCGGUACAAAAAGAACAUUGUAAAGGCUCAAGAGGAAGCAAAUAUGUAUGCUGCGGCAACAGCCGCGGCAGCUGCUGCCGCUGGGUCUGUGGCUUCUGGAACUGGUGGUCCAACAUCAUCUGAUGAAGUUAGCAUUUAUUUUUGAUAUUUUGUAAUAAUUCGUUGCAUUCAAUUCUUACUUUCCUAUUUAUAAUAAAUCUUUAUGGGAUUUUCACUUCGAAGCUAUGUGCCACGAUACAAUGCUUCCGAAAUUGAGGGAUUUUCACGAUGGCUACGGGACCUUUAUCUCCCACUUUUUUAGUCAGUUAGUGAACUGAUGGAUUAAGUGAGGAAGUAAUCGUUUCGAAAGUUAUGGAACUGAAUUAAUAACAGGGUUUUUGGGUUGUUUAUAAAUUUUUCAAGUCUGGUGUCAUUUUUUAACUGGAAAAUAUUACUUAAAGGAACUCGUCCAUAUAGGGGCAUAUUAGUUUUCUUAUGAAUCAUCUAUAUCACCAUCAAUAGUUUUUAUACGAUACCUUAGAGCUUUAUCUGUACAUACACUAAUUGAUGAGCGCAAUGCUACUAAUGGACUGUGAUUUCAAUGAUCGCAUUCAUGUCUGCGCAAACGAAUGUAUGGCAAAAGAUGGCCAGCUUUUCAUCAUUUCAUUUAUCACUAAAUUUGCCUGGUUGUUAAUUACGAAGGGACUCCGGGAGACAUAGUCCUUAUUUGUUCACUUAGCCAACACAAUGUCUGUAACAACUAUUGUCCAUCUCGCUUUUUUCAUUGAUACGGUAUGAUUCCUCUUUCACAGCCACACAAAAGACUCGUUCUCAUCAAAUCCAACAACUCUUUAAAUUACUCAGUAGGCAUUAGAUAGUCAGAAAUGCUUCAUGGAUUUUUACACUAAAACCUAAAUAUGACUGUUUCAAACUUAGAAUAGUUUGUUUGUAUAACAUACUGUUGCUUUCAAAGUAUUUUGCACGAAGAUUUAGUGAAUGUGUGUAGUUGUUGAUAAUCUGUCCCCUAAUGUCUUAAAUGUAGGACAGCUUUUCUAACCAUAAGCAUCCUGAAUGUUGUAGCUUCUCAAUUUUAAAAGUAAUGUUUAUAUAUUGCGAUAAAUAAAUGGGUUGGACGUUUUAAACUCAACUAUUCACUUAGAAUUAAUUAAAUCUAAACUCCUUUUUCACAUAGUGAUUUAUACCUUAUUCAUGUAUCACUACUUUUGUUUUUCGCUUUAUUAGCAUUCUGUUGGAUAUGGUCAUCCUGGCUAUGAAUACGAUGAUUCUAUGAGCCUUCAGAGACCUGUUCCUCAAAUGUCCUGUCCACCUGAUCAUGACACUUGGAUGGGUGGAGGAGGAGCUGGAGUUCUUGGACCGGGUAGUUUGGAUGAACCUGACUGCAAACGCAGUAAACUUUGAGUACAUCUAUCCGUAUGAGACAAGCUGUUCAAAUAACUCCAUUCACUAUAUUUUACAGCUGAUGAAUUCGCCUUGAAGUAACUUAUUUGAUAAGUAUAUAUAUAUAUAUGCAUUCUCUUCAUCUGUCGGUUUAUGUUCCAUAUUUCGUUAGUUCUGUAUUCAUUUAAAACAUGUGUUUUGUAGAGGGAAUAAUACCGGGGUUUACUCAUUAAUCCCAUGCAAUAUAUACAAGCGGUUAUGUGUAUUGUUAUAGGCUGAAUUGUCUCGGCUUUUUCUUGCCUUUUGUUUUAUGCCUUUUCCCUGUAUUUUAUUCUUUAGUAUAUUUAUUUAUUGAUGUUCGUAAGUUCUCAAUGGUUAAGGCCUGUAUCAUUUUCGUGGUCCUGUCUUUAUGAUACAAAUAUUAUGUUCAUUGUAUUCCCUUUUUCUUGUUGAUGAUCAAAAUGAGUUUGAUUUUUUUGUCCGACAUUACUUUACACUUGAAACACUAAAAUCCUAAUAAUACUAUCCUAAAUUGUGUUGUCUGUUUUUGUUUUUUGGUCACCUAUCUUUUUCUCUUUCUCUCUCCAGAGGGGAUGUGAAAGUGCAUCAACCUUCUUUCUGUUUAUACUUUCUUAUUACCUAUCUUUGGUGUAUUGUAUUGUUAUUUUCUCAUGGUUUAAACGGUUAGUUCUUUGUUUUGAGAAUUUUGCUUCAUUUAUUUGCUAACUGUUCUUUCCUAUUCGCUUACCUUCUUUUAUGCUACAUUUUUUUCAUUCUGUAAGAUGUGGGUGUGUAUCUUUUGGGAAUGUGUUGUAAGACGAUUUUUUUCUCUUUCAAUUUAUUUCAUUUCAAUAAAACAAGUUGUAUUGCUUUCUU